AAGAUUUUGCAAACAUUUAAUUGAGUCUUCUCCUUCUAUCUUCAUUUAUUGACUUGCACUUGGAGGGAAAAUAAGAGAGGUUCUUUUCCCCAAAAAAGCUUUUGAAGUAGGAGGCUUGGAAAGAAGGGGUUGGGAUGGGGUUAUGUGGCAGCCGAUUUGGGUCGAACCCAUCACGGGGGAGACUCAACCACCGUCCCAAACGGCGUUCCAGAAUCUCUUCGUUUUUCAUCUGCGCUGGCUCUUCUUCUCAUGCUCCUCUUGAUAGGGAAGCUUAUCCAACUGGAAUCCUAGUGAAGUCAGCAGAACACUGUGACCCGGUUACCAACAUUGUCCGAAGUCCAUUGGAGGAAUCUGCUCUGAUAUGCAGUACGGGAACAAGAUUUAGCAGCAUUGACACUGAAAUUGGAAUUCCAGCUGAAAGCAGUACUGCAGCCAGUGAGGAUUCAUCUGUUGAAGGUGAUUCUAGAGAUGUAGAAACAAGUAACUGUAGGAAAUGCUUGACUGAAAAUGCAGAGUUAGUUGCUCCUCAGUCUUCGAACUCUGUCUCAGUAAAUCUUUCGAAUAAUGAGGAAGCAGUCAGAUCUGAUGCAAACAAUGUUGCAUCUCAGAUGCGUCCUGAGUCAAGUAUUUUAUCUCCUCGAGGUCUUGAAGACUCACAUUCGCGUAGGAUAUUUGUUGAGAAUCAGUUGGGUGAAGUAACAACAGCCCAUGACUCUGGUUCUGCUUCUGCUUCUCAUGCCUCAGAACCAGAGAGUUCUCACAUAUUAGGCGGUGAAUCCAUUCUAGAGACAAUGCCUUCAGGUUUAGGAUUUAUCGUAUCCAAUAGGGAAAGGGGCCAAGGAGAUGGAAGUGUUCUUCAUGUUGAUCUUCGGAGUCUCUCUUCCAAUAUUUUAUCUGGUGGCAGUGCUGAAACUAGCAAUCGUGAAGCCAGGAGGAACAACAGAAGAUUGUUCUCAGAUGCUUUCUCAAGACGUAGUUUUAGAAGAAUUGAUAAUUCCCCAUCCAUUUUUCUUUCGAUGGAUGAUGAUAAUGAUACAGGGUUUGAUAACAGAUGGCUCAUUGAUUUCAAUGGUGAUUUGCUUUAUGAAGGAGCUCAAGGUGAUUCUGGUUACCUCAGAAGUAGAAUUCAUAGAUUGAAUGAACGACGACGACGACACUCGAGAUUAGAGAUCUGGGAAAGGCUACGUGGUGGAAAUGAUGAAAAUAGUCGGCCAACUACAUUCUGUCCUUCUGGAAUCCACCCUGAUGGCACUUGCUCCUGUGAUUCUUACUUGAGGACUGAUGAGCCAAGUGCUCGUGUAAGCAUAUCACGAAUAGUAAUGCUUGCUGAGGCUCUAUUUGAGGUUUUGCAUCGUCAACCAGUAGCACUUUCCCUAUCCAUGGUAUCACCACCAGCUCCUGAAUCUGUAGUAGAUUCUUUCCCUCUCAGAAGUCACCCAAAAGUGAAUGCAGCUGAAUGUAUGGAUGCUGUUGAACAGUGUCAUAUAUGCUUGGCUGAAUAUGAGGAAGGGGACCAAAUAAGAGUUCUGCCUUGCCAGCACGAGUUUCACAUGGCUUGCGUGGAUAAAUGGCUCAAAGAAAUACACGGGGUGUGUCCACUUUGCAGAGGCGAUGUUCGUAAUGGUGGGGAGUCCUAUGCGUCAAACCCUGAGAUUCCAUCUCUUUGAU